AUGGUACGCCCAGCGACCUCAGUACUGCUACAAGGAGUCCCCCAGACAGCUACGCAAACUCUUUUCCUCUUUCCGGAUGGAGCAGGCUCAGCCUCAGCUUAUAUCAAGCUUCCGAAGAUCCGUCCAGAUCUUGCGGUUGUCGGUCUCAAUUGUCCUUUCGUACGACACCCGGAGGAGAUGACAUGUACACUGGAUGAACUGGUCGGCUCCUACCUGAACGAAAUCCGCAGGCGCAAGCCAAGCGGCCCCUACAACUUUGGUGGCUGGUCAGCAGGGGGCAGUCUAGCCUUCAAAGCAGCGUCAGAGCUCAUAUCGCAAGGUGACGAAGUCUCCAGCUUGACUCUGCUUGAUAGCCCGGCGCCACAGAAGUUGGGAAAGCUGCCGCAGCGCUUCUUAGACCACCUGCGUGAAGCUGGAGUUUUUCAAAGCGGCGUCCCGGGUGGACCAACCAAAGAGAUGCCUAAAACACUCAUGCCUCAUUUCAAUGGCACCAUGGAAAUCAUGGCUGGCUAUCGUCCCAAGCCUCUUCCUGAGGGCAAGUCACCCAAGACUACUAUCAUUUAUGCAACCGAUUCAGCUCUGAAGGGAGACAAGGCAUUUGCUUCGCAACCUGGUGAUCCGGAUGACAUGAAGUUUUUGACCGAGAACAAGACCGAUCUCUCCGCUACUGCGUGGAAAGAACUGGUCCCUGGUGUAGAAGUCAAGGUAGAGAGGGCAGAGGGGGCAGAUCAUUUCAGUCUGAUGGUCUGUAAAUCGCAUGAGGUCGGUGUGUGGCCAUUGCUAAUAUUUACUUAG